CCGCCAAAAACGUGGACAUGGAAGCUUGUUUAAAAGCUCAUAAUCAGCUGCGUGCCGAACACAAUGCCCCACCCUUAUCUUGAGAUACGAAACUCGCUAGUGAUGCGCAGGAGUGGGCCAAUCACCUUGUCAAUCUAGGAAAAAUGAUGCACGCAACGGGUACUGGUGAAGGCGAAAAUCUCUACUGGUCUGCAAGUACUUCAAAUAUCGCCACUUGCGUAGAUGCAGUAAAAGCAUGGUAAAUGAUAACUUAUGCUUAAAUCCAGAUGUUUGAACAAACCUAGCUUGUCCGUGGAUCGUUGCUUACCGUUUCUCUUCUUAAUUAUAGGGCUUCAGAAGAGAAAGACUACCCAGCUGACCAUCCACCGCAAACAUUUACAGAAUUUGCAAAUAAUGGUAAAGCCAUUGGUCACUAUACACAGGUUAGACAUGUCUUCCUUAUAUUCCCUUGAUAGCCUGCAGUGCACGCGUUUUCUACGGGCGCUCAUGUUUUUUUCUCGCGAAAGCGCCAUGUUGAAACUCCAAAAGAGCCGUGAGGAGAACUAAGGGCUACUAUUUUUACUCUCCCUAAACUUCCUCCGUCAUAACAUCAAAGAUGGCGGUUACAACAGUACGAACAUGAACAAGCAGAUUGCUCAAAAUAAUUCGUUUUAGUUUAGGGAGAGUUAGCUACAUAAUUCCAAAAUUUUGAGGGGAAUUUUAGACACCAAAAAGAAUUUUAGAAAAUCUCGGGAUUUUAGAAAAAAAAAUUGACAAAUUUUAGAGCAAAUUGAACAUUCAGCCGACAUUUUGGCAACAUUUUACAGGCAAACACGCUGACAAAACGUGUUUUUGUUUUUUGGUAUUCCUACCAACCAAGAGAGGGCUCAGAACGCUCAUAUGCUUCAGCGGUGUCUAGAGCAUUAUCUACUGGGCACAACAAAUCAGCGGUUUUGCGUCAUAGUCAACUACACUAUACAACUUAUCAGCGGUUAUUCACCAAAAGGGAACCUCGCUAUUAAAAAAAAAACUUUUUUAGAAUUUUGGGGAAUUUUAGGGAGUUUUUGGAGAAUUUUAGACAUUUCUAAAAGAAUUUUAGAUCAUUUUUCGGGGAAAUUCCCAAAGAAUUUUAGGCCGCAUUUCGGGAAUUAUGUAGCCAAGCCUAUUUUGGUUUCUUUUUUCCCUUUCCUUUGCCUGUCUGCAACUUACGCUCCGCGUUUACGCUCUCCCCCGAAAAGAAAAAGAACGCCUUGCAGCUUAAAUCAUAUCAAGGUUUUUGAAAAACGAUUGCAUUGAAGUUUCUCAAAGUGUUCACUGUCAGUGAUGAUAGGUUGAGCAGGGAUAAACAGAAGAAAUCAGAAGUAUUAUAUCACACCUAGCCUGCGAAAACAUCCGUUUCUCCUCGCUCUUCGUCGCUGGUGACGUUUUGCGCGGAACCUCCCCAGCGGCGAAGAGCGAGGAGAAACGGAUGUUUUCGCAGGCUAUAUCACAUCUAGCUUGUUCUCUUAUUUGUCCCCCUUCCGCAGGAAGUUUGGAAGGCAACUAAAAAAGUGGGUGUAGCCAUUGCGACAAAGAAAGAUGGCGUUUUCACCAACACCUACAUCGUGGCACGAUAUUAUCCGCCUGGAAACAUUCUGGGGAAUUUUGGAAGCAACGUUGAGUAGCCUGAAACUGACAAUAUUUUUCUAGUGAGUAUUAAUAGUGCCAUAGUCUAAACUAGAUAAAUUGUAGGAGUUUUACUUGGUCUUGGGGCACGAGGGUGGCGCGGUGGUGAGAACACUCGCCUCCCACCAAUGUGGUACGGGUUCAAAUCCCCGCAUUAACGCAAUACGUGGGUUGAGUUUGUUAUUGGUUCUCUCCUUUGCUCUGAGCGGUUUUUCUCCGGGUACUCCGCUUUCCCCCCUCCUCAGAAACCAACAAUUUCAUAUUCCACCUCGACCAGGAAUGGUAAACGAAGAGCCACUAUGUGGAUGUGCUAUAACUAAGUCUAAGUCUUUGUUUAGAGAAGCUAUAAGCUUUAAACUGCAAAUCAAAUAGGAGGAAGAAACGCCUUUUGUUGAAAAAAAAUCUUUGUUGCUCCUUCGUACAUAAUGAGAUAAAUUUGAAAAAAACAGGCCGCAUACGGUUUUUCAAAUUUAUCCGAAUGCGCGAUUCGUUUUUUUCCCCUUCUACAGUCAGUUAUAGUUUGGGAAGUGCAGAUUUUGCCCAAAUAGCUUGAACGUCUCUUAAUGUCCUUUCUUAGAUAUGUCAUCUUCAGAUUGCUAUUCGAUUUGGUUCUCUUCGUAAAUCAGAUAAUUUCCCUUCAUGCUUUAAAACCAAUGAACAUAGAAGCAACUGAUUUGAGGAUUCAUGUAGGUUAUAAAGUUGGCGACUCUUUAAGUGAUGCAUUACAACUAACGACGACAAAAUAACUUUUUCCAUUCUUUUUUUUUCCUUAGAACCUAGAGCAACUGAGCUUUCAAAGACGAUUAUUAUCUUAUUACUUUAGGAAUUAUAUCAAGAUCGUCCACUAUAAUUAGCAUUCUAAGCCGUAAAUGCGAAGAAGUUAAAAUGCAGUUGCGAAACUAGAAAACCUGAAAAAAAAUCGGGGUUUCGGGAUUCGAACCCUGACCUCCUCCUAAUGCUGAUGCAGCGAUCUAACCAAUUGAGCAUUAUUGGAUUAUUCAGGCUUUCUUGUUUCGCAGCUACAUAAGAUGCCUCUUAACUGCGGUCAUCGUCUUUACAUUUAUUUUUUCAUUCCGCGGUUCCAAUAUAUGCC